GUCUGUCUGUGUGUCUCUUUGGAUGCACUCACCCCCUCACUCACUGCAUGCUCUUGCACGCCAACCUCCUAUGUUAUGUCUACAUCAUGAUCGCAGGCACACACGCACCCCACUCACAUCUUAGCUACUAUGCACUCACACACGCACACGCAGACACUCAUCCAUCCAUCCAUUCACCGGCGAGGAUUGCAACACGCCAACCUCUGGCAGCACGAUGACGACGCUGGCUGGUCGCCACAGUAGGAAGAGGACGACCCGCCAUCUCUCACACUCUCCAUCGGGUCAGUGGCAAACAGCCCACACAGACUGCCCAGAGUCCGCACGCACGAGCUGCGGCCGUCACUUCCACUGGCACAAGACUCCUUGGUGCGCCUCCUCCUCUCAUAAAGAUGCUCCUCUGCCCCCUCUCGGGUAUGCAAGUACGGCGGGGGUGUCAAGGACCUCAUCAUUCCCACGCCCGCUCCCAUCUGGCCGAUGGGCAGCGUCACUCGUGUCAUGGGCGGCGCUGCGGACGUCUCUCUCCUCUCGGGGGCCGGUCGCACGCGGACAUCUGUUCGUGUGGGCAGUGUAUGUGACGGCGGGGGCGGCGGGGUGAGGCCGACAGCCUCAGGGAGGGGAGUGGUCAUCACGCCUUGGCUGGGAAGACGGGGCACAGAACGAGAAGGCGCUGCAGACACACAAUGAGACAGAGACAUACGAGCUAUUCGUGCCAUUGUGUCGUCUCUCUCUUCCAUCCAGCUCACCCAUCGACGCACCGCCGAGCGUCACACGUGCAGGAGCACCACAAGCAGCUCUCACAUGGGCAAUCGGCGGCGUGAGGGUGAUGGGCGGCGGACUCAUUGGGUCAUACACCAUGCGGGCGACCCUCGGUUUCUCGGGAGACGAUGGCGGCGCCUUCGGCCUGUGCUUGCGGCCUGGCUUCUCCAACACUCGCUUCGGGGGCGUUCUGUCCACCUGCAGGAGGACUGAUGGGUAGGGAUGAGAGGAUGUGACGCAUGUCUCGCGGAGUGCCGUGGAGCUGAUGAGGGUGUGCCGGUGAAUCAAUGCGGGGUCAGGGAGGCCGUGCUCGAGGGACAAGUCGGGAAGAGCGAUCUGUGAGAGAGAGGAGAGAACGGAACGGAGAAAGUGGUCGCGGCGAUCGGGCGAGUGGAGAAUAAUCAUUUCUUCCCACCACAUUCGUCGCUCUGGGCACAUGGUAGUGUCUCGUCCCACCGACGACAGACGGCAUCGUGCCCACACCUGGGGGUGUGGCGACAUAGGGUUGACUGCGCAUUGGGCCGUGGGGCACAGUAAAAUGGGGGUGGGGGUACUGGCCUUCCAGCCAUGGCUUGGUGUGCGUGAACGGGUAAGGCGGAAUGCUCUGCGCCCGAUCCGGAACGCUGUAGUAAGGCACUGACCUGGCGCCUUCAGCACCCUGAUCAAAGAGCAAAGACGUCUUCCAUCUUCACUAGCGUGUCUGUCUCAGCACAUUGUGGCUGAUUUACCUGUUCUUUCCAGUCGUAUGACGGCCAGGCUCCCGGGGGCGUGUGCAUCCCACCUGCGGCAGCAGUAGGGGGCGGCCCACCUCUGGGGUAUGGCCACCUCCAGCCCUCACUCUCCCCCUCUUCCUCUUCGUCACGGGGCAGCGCAGGCACACCGCCCAUGCCGUGUGUCACAUCAUGGGUCCGACGCAGCAUCUCAGUCAAAUUUGGGACAUGAACACCAAUGGUCGUCCAUACAUCGCCGAGACGCCCUGCAGCGCUCUUCGGCCGACCAGCCGCAGCCGCCAACCUUUUCGCAAUCGCCGCCCUCUUGGCUGCUCCCGUUGCUCCCCUGCCUACUCCUGAGACCCCAGGGGCGCGUGACCUGCCCCUAGCCCGCUCCCGCUCCUCAUCUCUGGCCUGCUUGAGCAGCCGUCUCAUUUUGCGCUUCUCCUUCACCUCUUGUGGUGUGACCGCUUUGGGCGGAUACUGGGGAUGUCUGGACGUCGGCUUGAAGGGCUGCUUCUCCUUCUCCUCCUCUGGUUUUGAGACGGUCUCGGAAGACUUCUGUGUGCUCUCUCGGCUGCCGAGCCGCAUUGGUGGGGAGGUGACGCCCGACGGCUCGAUGAGCUCGAAGCUCCGGCGCAGGAAGGAGUCGGACGGCCGCCGCUUGUAUGCGUACUGGUUGUAGGCGCUGACGGUGUUGAGACGCUCGGGCAUGCCCUCCCAUGACGCCUGAACAAACCGGAAUCACACCCAUUGAUGGAUGGAGGGAUAGCACGGCGCUUCCUCUCUCUCUCUCUCUCUGUGUGUGUGUGUGUGUGUGUGUCUAUCUCUGACCUACCUGUGCCUCGGCAGUUGCGCGUGCGAAUGCUCCGGCGAGCCCAUCGGCUCUGGUUGGCAAGGUCCGCACUGGUUGCCUUUUCGGCUUCGGCCUCACCAUCACGCGGCCCCUGACAUCCACUGGCUGCUUCUUGACGCCGUCGACAGACACAUCCCUAUCCCUGGGGAACCGACUGACCACUCUGCCCUUGGCCGCUGCGCGGGGUGUCGUGUCUCUAGCUGACCUUGUCGACCGUGCUGACCUGGCUGACCUGGCUGACCGAGCUGAUCUGGCUGAUCUGGCCGAUGGCGUCCUUGAGGGUGGUCGCUCGCCUUCCUCUGCUGUCCUUGCAGCCGCUCUGCCCCUUCUUGCGGCCUCCUCCUUGUCUCUCUCCACGAGCAGCCCCCUAAGCCGUUCCUGGGCACUCGCGCCUCGCUGCAGCGCUGGACCCCCUGAGACACCCUUCUCUCUCUUUGCCUUGACAGUGCCACCGGGGGAGGUAACUGUCAAGCGCUCGACGGGCUUCGUGGGCGGCGUUGGGAUGGCCUUGGGGCCGACUGAGGGAGAGUAGCGCGAUGCGAUGGCGCGCUUAGUCUCCUUUGCUUGUCCUCUCUCCUUUCUGGCUCUUUCGCGUUCCCCACCAGCAGCAGCACCAGCAGCAGUAGCAGCAGCAUGCAUCGGCGGCACUGAGACGGCAUCUUUUUUCUUCCCUUUUACCCGUUCAGCAUCAGCCGGCGGCAGCGAGACAGCGCCCUCCUUGUUGACUGCCGCUCGAACAGCGACCGCGGCGGCCUCCCGCGUCCCUGGGAUGCGCUGGUCACGUGUUGCACGAGAGGGGGCAGCUUUGCGAUCCUCUGCUGGCGGUCUUCUCUCCUUUCUUCCCUGAGCAGUAGUUGCAGCAGCAGCAGCUGUGGGUGGCGGGGUGAUCGGUCGGGCCAGUGUUUCUCCUUGAGCAAAGGAGGGUGUCUUGACAAGUGGAACAUGUCCAGCGGUCUUCGUGGGAACGGGCCGGCCUGGGCCGGGGGGAGUGGGUCUCUGAAGAAUCGAUGCAUAACAGGCGGAUAGAUAACAUGACGGAUGUUGUGUCGCUUCUUUCGUUUCGCGCCAUCACCUGCGGUGGGGCAGCUGCAGGUCUUGUUGGGGGCUGCUCGCGGUCAACUUUGGCCGCUUCCUUGACAGCCACCUUCACUUUCGUUGGCGGUGUCUUUGUGAGUGGCUCGCGAUCUGCCUCGCCCGGCCCCUGUGCUGGUGACGCCUUCAUCCCACCAGUCGGCUUUGGUAUCCUAGUGGGGAUGGCAGAAGCGGGCAGAGCGGGGGCCUGCACGUUACACAUACAAUCGAGCGUACUCUUAGCUGCAACUCACAUCUAUCUGACCGCCUCAUUCCAUUCGUGAUCUGACCUGAUCUUUGACCUCUCUUUUGGCCGCUGCUUUCUCUCUCCUCUCCUUGUCUUCGCGGCUGGGCGGAGUGACGUCUUUUCUCUCUUCCGGUGCCUCUUCCGUCUCCAGCUGUAUGCCUCCCUCCAAAAAGUGUGGCGUCGAUGGAGCCUGAGGCUCCUCCUCCAUACCUUCGGCAGCUGCAGCUGCAGCCUCGCCACGGCCAGGGCCGCCCUCAGCCUCCCCGCCGGCAGCCCAGACUUCCUGUUCCUCGCCGUCAUAGAUGCCGAGAUCUUGCAUUUCCUCAGGAGUCAGCUGCGUGCGGAGAGAAGGCUUCACCGUGGUCUCGCCUGCCUGUUCUCCAGCGAAGGACUCAGCGCCCGCCGCCUCAAAAUCAGCAGGAAGGCCUGUUUCUCCCUCCUGCUGGUACCCGUCAGCAGAAGCGGAAGGCCCAGUGACCUCCCUUUCCCCUUCCUGUCCGACCAGAACGCCGGCGACCUUGCCGGCCUCCUGUCUCCCUGCAAGGGCGGCGCCCUCCGUCUCAUGAUCUCUUUCGACACCAGCAAUUAUGUCCUCUUGCUCUUCUUCUGCGCCGGCAGCUUCCUCAAGUGGUUCCUGUCCUCGUGGGACGAUGAUGUCUUGAUCCUCAGGUGGGGCCUGCUGCUCGUGACGCUCCGGUGCGAACUCGGGCACAUCCUCUGCCCCCUCCACCUCUGCGGCAGGACGUCCUACUUCCUCCCAUCCACCUGUCUCGGGCGGAACGGGAUACGAAAACGACACAACGUCUUGAGGCCGUUCCUCCUCCUGCACGCCCUGCUCUUCCAAAGAGUCCCCGGCAGUAGGCCCCCCUUCGUAGCCGGCAGCUGCCUCCUGGGGUCCAUAGGUGUCUUCUGAAGGCACAAGAGGCGGCACGUACAGUGCCUGCUCGGACGGCGGUCGGCGUAUGCGACCGAGGUCCCGCUCCAGCCGAUUCAGCUCAUCUUCAACGUCUCGGAGAUCCUCAGCCGCCUGCUGCUUGGCCGUCCUAGGGGCUGUGGGUGCUGCUGGGGCUGUUUGGAUUGACACACCAGGAGGAAGGCCCGCAGAUGACGGCAACUGAGCCUCCCUGGCCUCCUGUGAUGGCUGCGACGAUUCCUCCCCAGUUGGUUUGCCUUCGCCAAUGCGGUGUUGGGUGCGGUUCUCAGUCGUGUCGUCUGCAGAUGGCUGUUUGGCUAUCUCUUGCUCUCUGUCUCCAGCUGCUUGAAUGGUUGCGGUCUCUCCUUCUCCUACUUCCAUCUCGAUGCUUGCCCGUUGCACCAGUUGGGGCGCUGCGCCGAAUGACGCAGUGCGGCCCGUCUUGAUGGCCGCGUCGUCGUGCGGCCAGCCGCCAGCCAUGGUGCUCUCCAGCCCUUCAGCCAUGCCUUCACCUUGCUCCGAUCUCACACCUUGACCACCCUCACCCUCCUCUUCUUGUGAUGUCUCUGCUGCCCAAACUUGCUCUUGUGUUUCCAUUUCCCUCCCAGCUGCAGCUGACUCCUCGCGCUGUGCUCUUUCCUCUGCAGACACCGACAGAUUGCCUUCGGCUGCAGUUGCUGUGCCGGUAGCCCCUUUCGAGAACUGAUGUCCUUCGGCAGAUGCCGCCAACUCUUCCGGUGCUCCUGCACCCUCAGCCGUCUUUCCUCUGUGCUCUCCUUCUGCGUCCGCCCCAGUAAGCGCCGCCGACCGCCCACCCAUUGAGGCUACGUCUUGUGUCAGCUUAGCCAUCUGCUCCUCACCAGUCGACGCCUGCGGGCUUGGAGGUGUGGAUGACAGACCCACACCAGCUGCAGCUCCAGCCCCAGCUGUCUCGUCCAUGCCGCCCUCAAUGCUGCCAAGCUGACUAGCCGAAGGUCCUUCUGCCGUCAGGCCGGCUUCCGUCAGGCCGGCUUGAGCAAUAGCCGCUCCUUCUCCUUCUUGCGAGGGUCUCAUCUGUAUGUCAACUGAUUCGCGUGACGUCCUCCUUUUGGCGUAGUGGUUGGCGAUGCCCCGAUCCUCGCGCACCUUAGCCUUCCGCUCCUCGAUCUUCCGCUGUAUGCGGGACUGCAUGUCCUCCUCCGGCUCAGGCACCUCUCCCGCCUUUUGCUCUCGCGUCCCGUCGUCAAGUGCCGCAGCAUAAGGCUCCCAUGCCUCCAGCCGGUGACGCGGCCUCUCCUCUGUGGCUGUUGCGGCUGUUGCUGCUGCUGCUGCUGCUGCUGCGGGACCCUCAGCAGUGGUGGUCUCCUCCUCUUUCUCCUCCCUCUCUGUGACCCUGGUGACCAGUGAUGACGCCUGCGAUGUCUCCAAGCUGACGGCCUCUCCCCCUUCGGCUGCCCUCAGCCGCGUCAGGUCGGAUGAGAUCUCCGAUGGCCGAGAUGCAUCAUCGGAAGCAGGGGGUACCGAUGCGAGCGAUCGCGAGAAGUGGCCAAUCGGCACGGUGUCAAACUCGGGACGGGACGCCCCAAAUCGUGUGAGGCCGGGCAGUAUGGUGCCUUCAGGGAAGGUGAACUGCGCGGCGAGUGGGGCGGAGACCAUGGAUGACUCGCUGGUGGCGGUGCGGGAGUCGGAGGAUGUAAGCUCGUGAGACACGGUGUCCGAUGGGCGCUGCGCCGCCUCAUCAGACGGCCGCGGGGCAGCCGAUGGCUCGGCAGGAGGCUGCUUGUCUUCUCUUGUCUCAGACACCCCUGAGGCAGAUUCAGCAAAAACGGCAGCCUCUCCAGCCUCCUCACGUGUGUGCUUGGUGGUGGCCGCAAAUUCUCCCGAUCCCUUCUUGUGGACGUAGAGCACCCCGGAGUCGCUGAGAUUCCCCGAUCUGCUGGCCGUCUUGCUGCCCAUGAACCUGACUGUCUCCGUGGAGCUCUCCCCCUCUGUGCUGCCCAUGCUGGCCAUCGGGGGUAUCUGGAGCGACAUGACGAUGGGUGACUCGUCGCGGGCGGUGGCUGGGGCAGUGCGGGGGACGCCGUAGGUCGGGGAGACAUCUGCUGUCUCGUGUGCUGCUGCUGCUGCUGGUGUCCUCUCCUCGGCUAUCGUGGAUGAGGCGAUGGCUGAGGUCCUCCCGAUGCCCACCAUGCUGCCACCGCGACUUGGGGUGCGCUCCGUCAUAGAACCCUGCACACACGCACAUCAAGGCGACUGCGGAUGGAUGGGUGCUCCUGCCGUUCCUCAUGACUGUACCCACCAUGUAUCCGAGUGCCUUGCGUCUCUCCCUCUCCAGCUCGAUAGCCCUUGCAAUCUUGUCGUCGAUGGUCUUGGCCUCCACCUCUCUCUCAAUGGUGUCGCGGGUGAUGGUUUGCCGAAUACGCGACUGAGGACUGGGACCCCCUGCAGCAGGCGAACCGCUCGGCUCGGAGGGUGCAAGACCUCCCGAGGUCUGCGAGAGAGGAAAAUGCCACUUGGAAUCGGUUCGCUUGGAAACGAUGAGUGAGUAGACGCAUGCACCUGAAUGAGCAGUUGGCGGCCUCCGCUGGCCUCGAGGGAUGAAGGACCAGCAGAUUCCCUCCCUUCGGCCUGCACACAAAGAAAGGGACGGCAGACAUUUGCUGGUCAAUCAGUCACACUGCCGGCUGGCUGUGGCUGGCUGGCUGGCUGGCUGGCUGGCUGGCUCACGUCGGUGUCGCUGAUGGAAGAGGCCGAGCCGAUGGAUUGGAUGUGCCUUCUCCUCUCCUGCUCUAUCUCGAGUGCCCUCUGCAGCCGCCCCUCCACUCCCCCCAGCUCACCCAUACGCCUGUCCUGGUCGUCGCGGAUCUGCUGCCGAAGCUGCUUACGCUGCACAUCAGACAUGCCAAACACGGUCCCCGUCUGCAGGCAGAAAGAUCAAGGAAAGAGAGAAACAAAGAGGCAAUCAAUGUGUGACUGUCUCACACACCCGUCCGCUCGUCCGGCUGUCCCGUCUCGGCGGGUUCUCCUCUUCCGUGGGCUCCUCCGCGACGCUGAGAGUCACAUUUCUCUGCUCUCUCCUGCGGACCUCGCUCUCGGUUGGGGAGGACUCGCUCGAGCUCGACGUCGACUGCUUCAUCGUGAAGAGAAAGUCAGCUGAUGAUCACCGAGGCCGAUUUCUCCAAGCUGUACGAUCUCGG